UCGCAGGAGGGCGUUCGGAUCGGUUGGACGCUGUGCCGCUCCGUCUGACCGCGCUGCACAUGCGACCGCGUGACGAAUACGAUGACGAGCCUCCCGCGUCCGGUAAUGCGUACCCGCUUUCUACGGUUGAACAGUACAGAAACUGCCGUCUGUCUCUGAGCCGUUAUUGACAUGUGUACGUCUGUUUACUCGUUAGCGUUUAAACUUUUUCACGGUUAUCAAUACCGACUGAAUCGUAUGCGCUUCAGCUGAAGGAUUGCGAAACUGUACAAGUGAAGUUUAAAAAUACAUUGGCACUAGUGCGUGGUGACGCCCGUCCGAGAUGUGUUCGUGCAGUAAAUUCUACGAUUUCUGUAGGAACUCUUGCGGAGCAGGCAUGUCCCUUGACGAGGGUAGACAAUCGCAGAGGCCGUACAGAUAUGGUAUGGUGUUACUAUGCGCGGGCGCGCUAAUAAAUUGGCUGGGCCUGGCGGAAGACUACGCAGAGCCUGUGCGCUACGUGGGCGUCGCGUGUAUAGUGGCUGGCGCACUUCUCAUAUGCGCCGCCAUGUGCUGCUGGCUGCAAUCGCCGGCGAGGCAGCCGCAGAAUGACCGUGCUUCACCUGACACACAUCAGAUCGACGAUCCCAUCCACGUAAUAACAAUGCCAGAUGAAGAAACUAUGCAACAGAAACCGCCAGAUUAUGAUACGGUAGCUGGAGCACCGCCGACUUAUGACGAUGCAAUAAAGCUGAACCCGGCUAGGCUAUUACCAGCCACAAGCAGCGCACGCCACGAACCGCCGCACCUAACGGACACUUCAGUGAUCCCGGGCCAGCCUGAAGACGCAAGCUCACCAGCUGCCCAUGUUGCACACCUACCCCACAUAGGCAUCGUUCCCGUACACAGAUCUCAGGUCCCCAAAACUCCACCACCACCCUAUAACCCUUCACACACUAUCAGAUGAAAUGUCAACUCAAAAUCUGUGUUACUUUAAAUCGACUGCUGUUUCAUGUGACGAGAAUUUGGAGAUUCAAAUAAAUAAAUGAGACUAAAUUAAUCGGACUUAAAACAUAACUUAAGUGUGUAAAUACGUCGCGUCGUUGAUAUUUCAACAAUGUUACGGUAUUAUUUUUUUAUUGUACGUUUAUUUCGAAGCAUGAAACGAUUUCAUUUAAUUUAGUAGGUACAUCGAAGGGUGAUGCAUAAAAGCGAUGUGUACUUAUGUGAUAUUAUAGCAGUUGUAAUUAGUUACUUAUCACUCUACUGUAUAUACAGUUAUAAUUUUGUAUAUCUAAGAAAUUUGUUAAAACAUUAUAUCUGUAGUAUUUAAGUUUUAAAAUCAAUCUCUUCCAAUAUUUGUAUGUUCCAAGAUCCAAAUCCUUUGUGAAGUUAGUAUAUCAAUAUGAAAUAUUUAUACUGCACUAUUCAGCAAUAUUCUAGAUGCAGUAGUAGCACUGUGCCAUUCUUAUUAGAUGUAUGUUAACACGUCACUAAAAUAGCAUCGUUAGCACUAUUAUUCAGUGUUUAUAGUACAUCUCCCCCUGAAUGGACUCACAAGUGACGAGAUUAUUGUUGCGAAACCAGGUACAUAAAUAUUGGAAAUAUAUUAAGUAUCUAUAAUAAAAUUUAUAUAAGUACUGACUUGUGAUAAUGUUGGAUGGACGAAUAAUAAAAUCGAACAUCGUCGUAUAGUAGAUGUGUUGAUAACAUCAUUACUUAACAUAAUAACAAUAAUUCCGAUCCGUUUUUCGAUUCUAGUCAUCGAAUAACGUUUAUGUAAAUACGUUAGUUUUCAUUUUACAGGUUUGCAUAAUAAUUUGUAAUUUGUACAUAUUCUGAUUGCACAACUUGACGACGAAUUACAAAAACAAUUUUAUCAAAUAUUUUAUUAUAAGUAAAAGUUACUUAAUUAUUCUUUUGGAUCCCGGACAGUCUUGAAAAUGCUUAUUUUCUAAAAAUAAGUAUAUAACUAGGUCUGUUCAGUAAAUCCGAUUAUUGUAACAAAUAAAGUAUUAAUUAUCAAAUAAAAGAAACAUUUAACUUUGUUUAACAUUUAUACAUACAACUACCUACAUGAUUAACUGCAGUUGGUUUGAAGUUAUGAUAUACCUACCUACAUAUAAACAAUACUCGAGCUACUGUAACUUAGGUAUUAUUUUAUUUUCGAAGUAAUUAAUGUUCGAUUCUAGAUUCGUAUAAAAAUACCUAAUUAUUUAUUUAAUUUUGAUCCAUCGAGAGGGUGGUUUCACUAAAUUACAAUUUUCGACUAUUAAUGGCGUUCUGUUGUGUUUUAUUGGCCUGAAUAUGAAUACAAAUGAGUACUUAAAUACAUAGAUACUUAAUAAAAUAAGAGCAAUACAUCUACGUAUAUUAUUAAAAAAAGUGAAAAUGAGCUUCUAAUAAUUAAAUGUGGGACCAAACUAUAAUAUAACAUAUCGACAUAUUUAUGUGUGCUUAAGAUAAUUUAAAUCUAACUGAAAAGUAACAUAAAUAAUAUUGUGCGUGCCUGCAAGGUAUUACUUUAGAAUUUUACGAUGCUGAAGUUGUGCAUUUAUUAUUUGUACUCGUACAUUGUACAAAAUAAACAAAUGUUAAUAGUGUACAUAUAAAAUAAAUGUUGUUGAGUAAAACGA